UCGAGCAAAGUCCAUCUCGAUCCCAGUCCAUCUCAAGCAAAGUCCAUCUCAAGCAAAGUCCAUCUCAAGCCCAGUCCAUCUCGAGACCAGUCCAUGUCCACAAUCAGGGCAGAGUGUACCUCUGCGGACACUAUGCUUCUGCACAACAGAGCUCCAUCAGAACCGGACCAGCACGCAAGACCGACGCCAUCCAACUUCGAAGACACACACAAAUUAUCUCUCUAUCUUUUUCAAACAAAUAACUUUCUGUCGUUCAUUUUUCAAAGUCAAAUUUAA